AUGUGUUUGCAAAGUUUGCAAAGGGUCAAGCAGUGUUUUUUAAAAUCCGUAGGCCACCAUUGUAUUGUCCUCUACAUAACCAAGACAGCAGCGAAAGUCCCAACGGCCAAAGAUCCAGCAACAGUGAACCUAUUCAAAUUGGCACCACUCGGGGCAGGUACAGGAGUCUCAACAGAGACGUCGGAAGAGGGAGAAACCUCUGGAGAGAUGACAGGGGAAGACGAGGGAGGAGAAGGGGGAGAGGCAACGGGCUCGUUAGAAGGAGCUGCCUCCGGUGAAGUGCUCGAUGGAGAGGGAGUGGUGGCUGGUGGAGUACUGCUCGAUGAAGAAGGAGUGGCGGCAGGUGGAGUGCUCAAUGGAGAAGGAGAAGAUGCAGCCAUUGGUGGAGUGCUCAAUGGAGAAGGAGAUGCAGUCAUUGGUGGAGUGCUCAAUGAAGGAGAAGAUGCAGUCAUUGGUGGAGUGCUCAAUGAAGGAGAAGAUGCAGCCAUUGGUGGAGUGCUCAAUGGAGAAGGAGAUGCAGCCAUUGGUGGAGUGCUCAAUGGAGAAGGAGAUGCAGCCAUUGAUGGAGUGCUCAAUGAAGGAGAAGAUGCAGCCAUUGGUGGAGUGCUCAAUGGAGAAGGAGAUGCAGCCAUUGGUGGACUCAAUGGAGAAGGAGAAGAUGCAGCCAUUGGUGGAGUGCUCGGUGGAGAAGGAACAGUUGGAGAAGUGCUCGGUGGAGAAGGAACAGCUGUUGGUGGAGUGCUCAAUGGAGAAGAUGCAGCAGAUGUGGACGGCGAUGAUGCAGGGGAUUGGGCCCUUGUUGAGGCCACUAAGAGUGCAGCCAUUAGAACCAGAACCACAUGGAUGGAGCGAGCCAUUGUAGAGAGAGAGAAAGAGAGAGAGAGAGAGGGAGGGAAGGUUAGGGUAUAA